AUGUCUACAUUAGGCGCCGAUAACGAAUCAAUUACCAUUUCUGUUACUAACAUCUCAAUUAAAGGUGCUGGUUUUGAUAGACACAUCACUAUCUUUUCUCCCGAAGGAAGAUUGUUCCAAGUUGAAUAUGCAUUCAAAGCUAUAAAUUUGGCCAAUAUAACAUCCCUUGGUGUCACCGGGAAGGACUCGGCCGUUUUAAUUUCCCAAAAAAAGAUCCCAGAUAAGUUGUUAGACCCUGCUACAGUAUCUUAUGUAUUCAAUAUUACUCCCAGUAUUGGUAUGGUGGCUACAGGUUCAAUUGCUGAUGCUAGAUCUUUGGCCAUGAGAUCGAGAUCAGCAGCUGCGGAAUUUAGAUAUAAAUAUGGUUACGAGAUCCCUGUAGAAACUUUAUCCAAACAAAUUGCCAAUACUUCUCAAAUUUAUACUCAAAGAGCAUAUAUGAGACCAUUGGGAGUUGCUGCUACUUAUUGUCAGGUUGACUUUACUGAUGAAGGAAGAGGUCCUCAAGUAUUCAAGUGUGAUCCUGCUGGAUAUUUCACUGGGGUUAAAGCUUGUGCCACUGGCCCUAAACAACAAGAGGCUACAGCAUAUUUGGAAAAGAAGUUAAAGAAAUCAGGUGCUGUCCGUGGAGAUUGGAAAGAAACUGUUGAAUUUGCUAUUACAGCCUUAAGUUCUGUAUUAGGUAGUGAUUUCAGAAAGAAUGAUAUAGAGAUAGGUUUGGCUACUGAGGGGAAAUUCCGGAUCUUAACCCCUGAUGAGAUUGAUGAAAGAUUAAUAGCGAUAGCUGAAAAGGAUUAA